UUUUUGUUUUUGCUUUUCGUUUUUUUUUUUGUUUUGUUCUAUUCGCUUGGUUCCGUCUUUAGAAACCGAUUGAAUCGAUCCGUUCGCGGGAAAAGGCACCGAUCCUGGAAGAUGAUGGCACCGGAGCCGCUGCGAUCGGCGAUGACCAUCGGGGGCGCGGAGGACACGUCGCUCGCGCUCCCCUCCGACGACAAGCUGCGCUCGGGGCAGCAGCGCGUGCUGGAUCAGGUGCACACCAUCAAGAGGAGCAAGUCCAAACCCGGGAACAACGGCUCCCUGUCUCCAUCGCCUACAAGCCCGACUCCACAGACAACAUAUGUCCAGUUCGGACAGUUCAAGUUUGCUCCAUCCAAAGCAAACGGCACCUUCAGCCGCAGCAGCUCCACUAUGUCAGCAGGCUACUACAAAGCGAUGAAUCCUCAGAGGAGUCACACUCUAUCCGCUAAAACCAUUGGAGGAAAACAUUACAGCACCUCAGGCACAUGGGAACAGCAAAUCAGUUCCUCCAAAUGGCCCCAGAGUCCCAACAGGCUGAAACCCAGUCGCAGUGACCCUGCCUUGGUUCCUCCAUUUUCUCCUGCCCCUGCACCUGCACCUGGGAUGAGAGCCAAGGGGCAGACAGCCCAGAGCCAGCAAACCGUCCAGGGACGAGUAAAUAGAAGCAGCAUCUAUUACAUUACCAGCGGCACUCAGAUGACCAACAGCCAGACACGCAUCGUCCAGCCGCCCUCUGCCCAGUCCCACACUGAUGGCAAGAUGGGUACCAUCAAAACAUCUAAGAUAGAGCUACAGCAAACGGCGGAGAACAGUGGGAUAAACAUGUCAGACCUGACCCUAAAGGAGGCUGUAGAGUACCUGUCUCAUCAUGAUGAAAAUUUCCAACAGUACGGAGCCACCUUCAUCCAACACAUCACCUUCAAAGAGGAGCGUGCCAAACAGGAGGUUUUCCAACUAGGGGGUAUCCCUGAUCUGGUGACCCUGCUGUGGAGCCCCAACCCUGGGGUGAACCAGGCUGCAGCUGGGGCUCUGAGGAACCUGGUGUUUAAAGACCAGAACAACAAGCUGGAGGUUCAACACUGUGGUGGUAUCGCUAAGGCCCUGCAGCUACUAAAGGAGACAGAUUCUACUGAGACUCAGAAACAAAUCACGGGCCUGCUAUGGAACCUGUCGUCCGCCGAUGAGCUGAAGGGAGAACUUACAGCAACAGUGCUGCCCGUCCUGACUGAGAAUGUGGUGGUACCAUUCACCUGCUGGUCAGACAAGAGCACCAACAACAACAUACACCCUGAUGUCUACUACAACGCCACAGGGUGCUUGCGGAACCUGAGCUGUUCCCAGCAGAGUGGGAGGCAUGCAAUGCGAGACUGCUGUGGCCUCAUCGACUCCCUCAUGAGUUACGUCCAGUCCUGUGUGGCAGAGGGAAACCCUGAUGACAAGUCUGUGGAGAACUGUGCAUGCAUCCUCCAUAACUUGACCUAUCAACUGGAGACAGAGUCCCCUGAGUGCUUCAUCAAGUACAAUCCUCAGACAGAGGAGCAGUUUGGGAGUAAGAAAAGCCCCACAAUUGGAUGCUUCAGCCCCAAGAGCAGCAAGGCUCAAAAGCAGUUUUCGUUUGACAUGGAACAGGCAAUGCCAGAGGAGAGUAACCCAUCAGGUAAAAAGUUGUUGUGCCAUCCCAAAGCUAUGCAGACCUACCUGUCUCUGCUGGGCUCGUCUAAGAAAGAUGCCACCCUGGAGGCCUGCUGUGGUGCCCUGCAGAACCUCACUGCCAGCAGGGGACUGGGCUCCGUUGCCAUGAGUAAGAUUCUGGUUCAGAAGUUGGGUGCUCCGCUGCACAUUUCCCCUCUGUUGAGGUCAUCUAACUCUAGCCUGCAAAAGACCGCCAUGUUCCUGCUGAACAACAUGUCUCGGACCAGCAGUUUGCAGACCUCCUUGGCAAAGCAGGUUCUACCUGAGCUCACAAGCCUCCUGUCCUCUGGCCCCCGGGGGAUGGGAAAAUGUGACGACACUAUAGCAACAGUUUGCAACACAGCAUGGACUCUGAUGCUGGCAGACAUUGAGGUCGGCAAGAAAGUCAUCAAUAAUGAACUGGUGACAUCCCUGGCUGACCUCAGUGAGAACGGGUCUUUCCCCAAAGGCAGCAGGGCAGCCUCACUGCUGCUCUACAACUUAUGGAAUGAGAAGAAUUUGCAAGGAGUUGUGAAAAAGCUGGGAUUGGCCAAAUCGGUUUUUGUCAAUGACAACAGCACAGCAGUGCACAGGUCGGUGCAGAUUAUCGAGUGAGUGCGAUGGAGGAGUGGCACCACGCAGCCUGAGAGAUGGAAACCAGCAUGUUUAGACACUGCUGUGGCCACACCCUUUGCUACGGGGAGAGGAGAAUUCUUCAUAUAAUAGCCUUGCCGAAAGAUUCCUAUCAAUUACAAGUCAAUCAUAUACUGUACAUACUAUAUAGAAAAUAGAGCUUUUCAUUUCAUGAGCAAUCCUGUGGUGUUGUAUGUAUUUGAUUUGCAUAUGUUUCUGUCUGUGUACAUAAAUGGGUGAGUUUGUUUUUGGUACGUUAAGUGUGCGUGUGCUGAAAGUGAGUUCUUACAGCCUGUGAGGCACGAUACACCAGACAACAUGGGCAGACAAUGUUAUCUGCAGUGACAUUUUACUGAAGACAUGCAGUGAUUAUUCAGAUGGCAUCGCCAUCAAAUGUCUCUCUGCAGAGGCUAAAAGAUAAAACAUCUAUUGUGGCCUUUAGGAACGAGCAUCUGGAAAUAAAAGUAAUAAGAAAAAUAUAUGAAAACCUAAAAGCUUGCUGUGCUGGUAUAAAGCAAAAUAAUUACAUUUUUUAAAUAUCAUUUUUUUGUUUGUUUUGUUUUAUUUUUCCAUUGUUUGCUUUUUCGAAGUUAAUAGGUUAAAUAUGGUUUAAUACGUUGUAAUGUUGCACCCCCUAAUGUUAAAGAUUGUCAGAUAAAACCAGAUUAACAAAAUGGCCAUUUACACCUACAAGUGCCAGCGGGUAAAAUUUACCCCUAUAGAGAACACAGUCAUAUCACUACACCGCAGUGGAGCCUAUUGUUUAGAAAAAGUGAUCAUUGUACAUUUUUUCUGUUUAAAAAUCUACCUUGAUUUUUGGAAUUUAUUAGAAUCGUUUAUUUUCAAUAAAUAUUUUCAUUUGGA